AUGGAACCUACCGCGGCGAAUCUCUUGCCGGAGACGGAGCAGCUGGCUCAGGGCUCGGAGCGGCGCGGGUGGGGGCGCUGGGCGUUCCUGGUGACCGUGUCGCUCCUCCUCACCGGCAGCUUCGCAUGGGGCGUGUUCCAGGCGCGCCACAGCCGGCGAGACCUCACCUUCGUGAUCGUCGCCUACUACCUCAUCGCGCUGCUCUGGUGUUGCCUCGCGAAGCUGAAACUCCUUUGCCGCGACGACCCGGCGGUGGCGUCCAAGUGGCGGCGGGUCAGGUUUGCCGCGUGGGUGGUGUUCGUGACGCUGGCGUACACGAUCGAGAUGCGCGUCGCCGAAGCGACCCCUGACCCGUGGCUGAAGAACGCCGUCUGGUGGCUCACCAGCCUCGGCAUAUGCCUCGCGUUCUACUUCUUCAUUGCCCGUGAGGAUGCCGGACGCCGGACGGACAGUCCUCUCCUCGAAGUGUCCCCCGAGCAGAGGGUUUGAACUGUAUAUCCGUUGUCGAAACCGUU